AUGUGGAUAUGGAUAUUAGCUGUGAUUUUUGUCGUCUCACAAGCGCAAGAUCCAGUGCCAACAGCGCCAAUUUUUCAACGAUGCCUCCGUCGACCGAUGCGUAUUGGUGAUACCUUCACCGCCCGUGGAAACUUGAUGCCAAAUUUGCAAAGAUGGACGUGCGAUCUGGAGACACAAUUCGCGAAAAACGUCUUUGCCCAUAUGGAUCAUCGACUUUGGGGUGGACCACUGAUCGUGUAUACCCAGAGGCCUGGGCUUGGGGCCUUCCAACCCGAGAACAAGUAUGGCGCCAAGCCCUUCCUGCCCGGAACCACGUUUGAGCUGACCGUCACAAUCUUGAGCCCAACCAUGAUGAGAACGGACUACGGUAAGAAGGCGUUAUGGCCGGGGACAACCUGGACGAUGCAGGGCGCCCCGACGUCUAUGGAUGCGGUCAAGAUUUUUGAGUGCUACGGCGACAUCUACAACGUGUCGUUCACCGGAGAUGCGUUGGCUGGGAAAGUUUCGACAAACUACCUAUCUGGAUGCCCUCCAUAUGACUCCUACCAUGAUGACGACAAGCAUCGCGAUAAAACCCGAGGCCACCGACAUUCCGAUUGGGAUUCGGAUGAAAGCGACUCCUCCGAAUGGCCAAAAGACAAACGCAAAAAGACUUACAUC